UGUCGUUUCCUUUUUUCUUCUCAGCAAUGUCCUACUUUGCGACAAUACCUUUUCUUUAGAAGCUAGAAUUUUUAGUGUGGUUUUGUUGUUUAUGUUUUACUGUGCUGGUGCCGAUCUGUCUUCUUUUCUUUUUUUUUGGCGUCGUUGACGAAACCAAACAAAGAAAGUCUUUCUUCUCUAGCAAGAGUGACAACGAAUCAAUCAAACUUAGCCCCGAGCCAAAGGGCGGCAGAGGCGGGCCUCAUCUAAGUCACUGUUAUGUGUACUUUGCUAGGGAAGUAGACUGACUUUACCAAGGUCGUACCUUGGUCAUCACAUCGUUCCAGAGAAUUACAAGGGUUCGUCUGGGGGGGCAGGACAUGGUGACAGGCCAAGCCGAGUUCGUCCAAGUGCCGAUACCAAUCUGUCGUCCGCCGUUGGGAAACCCUGGCCACUGUCACCCAAUUCGCGCCGUCACUCGUCUUCACUUUGCUGUGAAUGGAGCGCACGCAUUCAUUCGACAUACAACCCAACGUCCACAUGACCACCCUGGUUGCCGCUCGAUUAUCAAAGGGCUUACGUUCACGGUCUUCUUUUCUCCUUUGGCCCUUCCCUUCAGACCGAACCAGACAGACCUCUAAAGAGAGCACAGACCGCAUUGCGUCAAUUUCCAUCAUUUUGCCCAUCCUGGUAUGUGGCACUGUAAGCCUCCAGGGCUGUGUUAAUAACAUAAUCGCUCCGAUGUUCGACCCUUUACGUAGCAAGAGAGUUGUUCGAGCCUGGAGCCCUUGUUAUUCCGAAAAUGACGACUUCCCUCCUUCAGCAGCCUUGUUUUCUCUCGGGCGUUUCCACCCCCUUGGCUCUUGGUUCUUUUACCAAUCUACGAACAAGAGCACUGACCCGAUUCAGUAUCGGAUCGACCUCGGUCGUCAUCCCAAAGUCUAGAACACUGUGAUAUGACGCAUUUGACCAUCCACUCCCUUCUAUCUCCAAAGAUAUCGCCAGGACUAGUUGCGACAGUUUUCCCAAUACUGCAU